UGUAUUCAGUUCACUUUUUACAGUCGUCGUUGUCGUUGGCACAAUCGCCUGACGCCGGUAGUAGUGUCAUCGUGGUACAACAGCAACAACAAUAACAGUAACAACAACAACAACGACCACUAUCAACAAGACUAACAUAUAAAGUUUAUGAAAAUUACUUUUGUUUCGUUUUUGUGAAAUUUUGCUGUACCAAAUUGCGAGAAAAGCUCAAAAUGAAGCCUGCCACAUUGGAUAAAAUCUGUUGCUUUCUGGCCGAGCUACUUGGCACAGGCAUGCUGGUCUUUUUGGGCUGCAUGGGCUGCGUCAGCACCGAAGACUUCCACAACAAUCACUUGCAAAUGACUUUGAAUUUCGGUUUAGUUGUCAUGGUUGUCAUUCAAUGCUUUGGCUGUGUUUCCGGUUCCCAUUUGAAUCCCACUGUGACUGUGGCUGCCUACAUCUAUAACAUGGUUUCGGCUCCCAUGGCCAUCAUCUAUUUCUGUGGCCAAAUGUUGGGUGGCUUUAUUGGCUAUGGUUUGUUGAAGGUCGUCUUGCCGGACAGUGUGAUUAACAGCACUCCAGCUGGAUUGUGUGUGACGAUACCACAUGCGCUCUUGACUCCAGGUCAGGGUGUUAUGAUUGAAUUUAUAAUCACUGCCGUCUUGAUAUUGGUCUGCUGUGGUGUUUGGGAUCCACGUAAUGCCAAGUUCCAUGACUCGGUGCCAAUUCGUUUUGGCUUGGCCAUUGCCUGUUUGGCCAUAACAGCUGGACCCUUCACCGGUGCCAGCAUGAAUCCUGCCCGUUCCUUUGGCCCUGCCUUGUGGCACUCCAAUUUCACCGCACACUGGGUCUACUGGGUGGGACCCAUGUCUGCUGCUGUCAUUGCUGCCUUCGGUUACAAGGUUGUCUUCCGUCGCGAGGUCCAGGAAGAGCCUGUCCAUCACAAAUUGCGUGCCAUGGAGGAAGUUCCUUUGUCAUAAACCCCCCCCCCACACUAAUGUCUUCUUAGCUCUGUUCCCCUCUCCCUCAGGGGGGGAGAUAUAAAGGAAAACAGUGUUGCCAUAUGAUACAAUUGUCCUUAGCUGUACGUGAUUUAGGAAAAAAAAAACAACAACCCUGAAACCAAAUAUAGAAUUUAUUUUUUCUAAACUCUCUUUCUUAUUCAUUGUAAAGAAGAAGAAAAAAAAACAA